AUGUACGCCGUGUACAAGCAGGCGCACCCGCCGACGGGGGUGGAGUUCUCCAUGUACUGCAACUUCUUCGGCAGCGCCGAGCGCAACCUGGUGGUGGCCGGGACCUCCCAGCUCUACGUCUACAGGCUCCACCACGCCGCCCCCGCCGCCGCCGAGUCAGCGACCAAGAGUGAUAGGAAUCCAGAUGGCAAGGCUCCCCGAGAGCACCGAGAGAAGCUGGAGCUGGUGGCUUCCUUCUCUUUCUUUGGCAACGUCAUGUCCAUGGCCAGCGUCCAGCUCGCCGGGGCCAAGCGCGAUGCCCUGCUGCUCAGCUUCAAGGAUGCCAAGCUGUCUGUGGUGGAGUAUGACCCCGGCACCCAUGACCUGAAGACUCUCUCCCUGCAUUAUUUUGAGGAGCCAGAGCUGCGGGACGGGUUUGUCCAGAACGUGCACAUCCCCCGGGUUCGGGUGGACCCUGACGGACGCUGCGCCGUGAUGCUGAUCUACGGGACCCGGCUCGUCGUGUUGCCCUUCCGCAGGGAGAGCCUGGCCGAGGAGCACGAGGGGCCCGUCGGGGAGGGGCAGAAGUCGAGUUUUUUACCCAGCUACAUCAUCGACGUGCGGGCGUUGGAUGAGAAACUGCUCAACAUCAUUGACCUUCAGUUCCUGCACGGCUAUUACGAGCCCACCCUCCUGAUCCUCUACGAGCCCAACCAGACCUGGCCUGGGCGGGUGGCCGUGCGGCAGGACACUUGCUCCAUCGUGGCCAUCUCGCUCAACAUCCUGCAGAAGGUCCAUCCGGUCAUCUGGUCCCUCACCAGCCUGCCCUUCGACUGCACCCAGGCGCUGGCCGUGCCCAAGCCCAUCGGCGGAGUGGUGAUCUUCGCCGUGAACUCGCUGCUCUACCUGAACCAGAGCGUCCCCCCGUACGGCGUCUCCCUCAACAGCCUGACCGCCGGCACCACGGCCUUCCCCCUGCGUCUGCACGACGGGGUGAGGAUCACGCUGGACUGUGCCCAGGCGGCCUUCAUCUCCUAUGACAAAAUGGUCAUCUCGCUCAAGGGCGGGGAGAUCUACGUCCUGACCCUCAUCACGGACGGCAUGCGCAGCGUCCGGUCCUUCCACUUCGACAGGGCCGCCGCCAGCGUCCUCACCACCUGCAUGAUCACCAUGGAGCCCGGGUACCUGUUCUUGGGUUCCCGUCUCGGCAACUCGCUGCUGCUCAAGUACACGGAGAAGCUGCAGGAACCCCCCGCGGGCAGUGCCCGGGAGCCAGCCCGGGAAUCCGGGGUGGACAAGCAGGUCAGUGGCCAGGAGGAGCCCCCUGUCAAGAAGAAGCGCGUAGAGCAAGCACUUGGCUGGGCGGGGGGAAAGUCGGCCGCGCAGGACGAGGUGGACGAGAUCGAGGUGUACGGCAGCGAGGCCCAGUCCGGCACCCAGCUGGCCACCUACUCCUUCGAGGUGUGCGACAGUAUCCUGAACAUCGGUCCCUGUGCCAACGCUGCCAUGGGGGAGCCGGCCUUCCUGUCCGAGGAGUUCCAGAACAGCCCCGAGCCUGACCUGGAGAUUGUGGUUUGCUCGGGCUACGGAAAGAACGGGGCACUGUCCGUCCUGCAGAAGAGCAUCCGACCGCAAGUGGUGACGACCUUUGAGCUGCCCGGCUGCUACGACAUGUGGACGGUCAUCGCACCUGUGCGCAAGGAGGAGGGUGAUAGCCCCAAGGGGGAAGGAGCUGAGAGUGAACCCCCCCCACCCGAACCAGAAGAUGAUGGGAAGAGACACGGCUUUCUGAUCCUGAGCCGGGAAGACUCUACCAUGAUCUUGCAGACGGGGCAGGAGAUAAUGGAGCUGGACACAAGCGGCUUCGCCACCCAGGGCCCCACCGUCUACGCCGGCAACAUCGGCGACGACCGCUACAUCGUGCAGGUCUCGCCCCUCGGCCUGCGCCUGCUGGAAGGAGUGAACCAGUUGCAUUUCAUCCCCGUGGACCUGGGCUCCCCCAUCGUGCAGUGUGCCGUGGCCGACCCCUACGUGGUCAUCAUGAGCGCCGAGGGCCACGUCACCAUGUUCCUGCUCAAGAGCGACUCGUACGGCGGCCGGACCCACCGCCUGGCCCUGCAUAAGCCCCCGCUGCACUCCCAGUCGAAGGUGAUCGCUCUGUGCGUGUACCGGGACGUGAGCGGCAUGUUCACCACCGAGAGCCGAGCCUCCGGCCCCCGCGACGACCCCAACCUGCGUGGCCAGAGCGAGGCGGAGCCCCUGCUGCAGGAACUCAGCCACACAGUGGACGACGAGGAGGAGAUGCUGUACGGCGACUCCAGCUCCCUGUUCAGCCCGAGCCGCGACGAGCCGCGCCGCAGCAGCCUGCCCCCCGCCGACCGCGAUGCCCCCCAGUAUCGGGCGGAGCCCACCCACUGGUGCCUUUUGGCGCGCGAUAACGGAGCCAUGGAGAUCUACCAGCUCCCCGAGUGGCGCCUGGUUUUCCUGGUCAAAAACUUCCCCAUGGGGCAGCGGGUGUUGGUGGACAGCUCCUUCGGGCAGCCCGCCGCCUCCGCCGCCCAGGCCGAGGCCAAGAAGGAGGAGCCAGCCCGCCAAGGCGAGCUGCCGCUGGUCAAGGAGGUGCUGCUGGUCGCCCUGGGCAACCGUCAGACUCGCCCCUACCUGCUGGUUCACGUGGACCAGGAGCUGCUCAUCUACGAGGCCUUCGCCCACGACUCGCAGCUCGGCCAGAGCAACCUCAAAGUGCGGUUCAAGAAGGUCCCCCACAACAUCAACUUCCGGGAGAAGAAACCGAAGCCGUCCAAGAAGAAGCCGGAGAGCGGCGGGGGCGAGGAGGGAGCCGGGCCCCGGGGCCGGGUGGCCCGGUUCCGUUACUUUGAGGACAUCUACGGCUACUCGGGGGUGUUCAUCUGCGGGCCCUCCCCGCACUGGCUCCUGGUCACCGCGCGAGGGGCCCUGCGGCUGCACCCCAUGACGAUCGACGGCCUCAUCGACUCCUUCGCCCCCUUCCACAACGUCAACUGCCCCAAGGGCUUCCUCUACUUCAACAGACAGGGAGAGCUGCGGAUCAGCGUCCUGCCGGCCUAUCUCUCCUACGACGCCCCGUGGCCCGUCCGCAAGAUCCCACUGCGCUGCACUGCCCAUUACGUGGCCUAUCACGUCGAAUCGAAGGUGUAUGUCGUGGCCACCAGCUCCAACACGCUGUGCACCCGGAUCCCGCGCAUGACGGGCGAGGAGAAGGAGUUUGAAGCCAUCGAGAGGGAUGAGCGCUACAUCCACCCACUGCAGGAGGCUUUCUCCAUCCAGCUCAUCUCCCCCGUGAGCUGGGAGGCCAUUCCCAACGCCAGGAUCGAGCUGGAGGAAUGGGAGCACGUGACGUGCAUGAAGACGGUUUCCCUGCGCAGCGAGGAGACCGUGUCCGGCCUCAAGGGCUACGUGGCGGCCGGGACCUGCCUCAUGCAGGGGGAGGAAGUCACGUGCCGGGGACGGAUCCUCAUCAUGGAUGUGAUCGAGGUGGUGCCAGAGCCGGGGCAGCCCCUCACCAAGAACAAGUUCAAGGUUCUCUACGAAAAGGAACAGAAGGGCCCCGUGACGGCGCUGUGCCACUGCAAUGGCUACCUAGUGUCGGCCAUCGGACAGAAGAUUUUCCUGUGGUCGCUACGUGCCAGCGAGCUUACGGGCAUGGCCUUCAUCGACACGCAGCUCUACAUCCACCAGAUGAUCAGCGUGAAGAACUUCAUCCUGGCAGCGGACGUCAUGAAGAGCAUCUCGCUGCUGCGCUACCAGGAGGAGAGCAAGACGCUGAGCCUCGUCAGCCGAGAUGCCAAGCCCUUGGAGGUUUACAGCGUGGACUUCAUGGUGGACAACGCCCAGCUCGGCUUCCUGGUGUCUGACCGGGACCGCAAUCUCAUGGUUUACAUGUACCUGCCUGAAGCCAAGGAGAGUUUUGGGGGAAUGCGGCUGCUACGGCGGGCGGACUUCCACGUUGGGGCCCACGUCAACGCUUUCUGGCGGACGCCCUGCCGCGGGGCGGCAGAAGGACCCAGCAAAAAGUCCAUCGUCUGGGAGAACAAGCACAUCACCUGGUUUGCCACCUUGGACGGGGGCAUCGGACUGCUGCUGCCCAUGCAGGAGAAGACGUACCGGCGCCUGCUCAUGCUGCAGAACGCGCUGACCACGAUGCUGCCCCACCACGCCGGCCUAAACCCCCGUGCCUUCCGGCUGCUGCACAUGGACCGGCGGACCCUGCAGAACGCAGUGCGCAACAUCUUGGACGGGGAACUGCUCAACCGCUACCUCUACCUGAGCACCAUGGAACGGGCCGAGCUGGCCAAGAAGAUCGGCACCACGCCCGACAUCAUCCUGGACGACUUGCUGGAGAUCGACCGUGUCACGGCUCACUUCUAAUUGGGGUAUCUGCCCCCAAGCCCCCCCCUCCCUUUUUUUGUACUGAACUGGUUCCUUAAGUUGUUUAAAAAAAAUACAGA